AGUAUAUAAGCAGCAGACUUUGCUUAGAAGUCUAUCUCAUCCAAGAUGGUCCUGAGAUUAGUUUUUGUGCUGUGGCUAGGAUGCCUUACUGCGGCAGGACCAGUUGCAUGGGAUGAUUCAAUAUGCGCACAGGAGUGCUCUCCAGGCUCAAAAUAUCAGUAUUCUGAAGAUACUUCAUAUAUUUAUUCUUAUGAAUCGUCCAAUGAGCUUCAUGUUGAAGACGCGUCGGAUCUGUCCCUGAAUCUGAAGGCUACUGUGCACCUGACAGCUAAAUCAAAAUGUGAAAUGAUUCUACAGCUUACAGAUGUAACAGUGCAGCAUGGAACGUCUUCAUUGGCCGAGCAGUUGAUGAGAAAUCCUCUUCCAUUUUCUUUUAAUGAUGGCCUAAUCGACCACAUUUGUCCAAAUCCCCAGGACUCAGAUGAUGUAAAUAAUAUUAAAAGAGGGAUAUUGUCUUCCAUCCAAAAUACUAUGAAAAGAUUCAACUAUCAUUCUUUUCAAAGAGAAAAAGAUAUUCUUGGGACAUGCGAUACUGAGUACAAAGUUAAGGAAGAAAAUGCUGAUAAAUUUGUCAUUGAGAAGAACAAACACAUUGGAACUUGUUCUAAUCGCCUUAAAGGACAAAGUCUGCUUUUAGCUUCAUCCUACGAAUCUGCCACGUUCCGACAAAAUUUGCCUUUCUUUUCAAAUGAAAAAGUAUCCUGUACUCAAACAAUUGAUAAUGGCAUCGUGGAUGAAGUAGUAUGCUCAGAAACUGCCAAAUUUAAUCCACUUACAGAUUACGGAUUUGUAAUUCAAGCUGUAGGAAAUUCUAAACUGAAGAAACUAUCAAGUGGACCAGCAGUGUUUGUGAACUACAAAACGCCAAUAAAAGAGAGCCUUACUUUCAAGCAUGAUAUCCGAUCUCGAAAAGAUCCUGAUUCAGUAUCAGCAGCUUCUGAUAUUUUGCGGCAUAUAUGCCAAUAUUCAAAUGAGUUACUUUCCAAGGAUGCAGCAACGUACGUUCAUAAACUGGUUUACAUUAUUCGACAACUUGACGAGCAGGCAUUAGAAAGCUUGUACGUUAAUUUAAAGAGCAAACAGCUGUGCACAUCUGGAAAAGCUUUGCCAAUUUAUUUAGACGCGUUAAAAGCAGCUUCUUCUGGAGGUUCCAUUGCGCUGUUAACAAAACUGGCCAAAAAUGGGGAACUAAGUGGUCUGGAUUCGAAAAUAUGGCUGACUUUGCUACCCUUCACUUCGUAUGUAGAAGAGGAAUCCAUAGCCGCAGCUCUACCUUUGUUGGGCAAAGAAAAGAAACACCAACAAGCUUUACUUGGAAUCUCGGCUUUAGCUUAUAAAUUCUGCUCGAGUCACCAAGACUGUGAAUCUAACAAAGCCAUUCAAGAUCUGUCAUCUCGUCUGAAGGAAUUCCUUGGAGACAAAUGCCGUACUUCAAGCGCUGACGAAGAAUGGCAGGUAACAACAGCUCUGAAAGCUUUCGGAAAUUUGGGUUACUUCGGCCAGAGUGCAAACGAGUUAUAUCAUUGCGCUAAUCAAUCAUCGAAUGCCAAUGAAGUCAGAAUUGCAGCCAUUGAAGCUUUCCGUAGGACACCAUGUUCUAAAGAGGUGAGAACAAAGCUGCUCGAUAUCUACAAUAAUAUAAAUGAAGAAGAUGAAAUCCGUAUAGCAGCUCUGAUAUCCCUUUCAAGAUGUGCUACGCCCCAGACUAUAAGAAAUGUGUUGGAGCGUUAUUCGUCUGAACCUAGUAAACAAGUUGAGGUAUUCACUUGGAGCUACAUAGAAAACCUGAAAUCAAGCUCUGAUCCUCUAAAAGUGAAGUUACGAGAAGUGCUCCUGAGAAGCGAAAUAAAAGCUCCCUUUUCAGCAGAUGUGUCAAAAUUCUCUAGAAAUUUUGAAUGGUCAUUUUUCUCCAAUAUAUUGAAUCUUGGUCAUGUAAUUGAGGGCAAUAUUAUCCAUUCCAGAAAUUCGUUCCUGCCACGUUCAGGAAACUUGGAUCUCAAAGCGAAUUUGUUUGGAAAUCAGUUGGACAUUGCGGAGGUUGGAGGACGACUAGAGGAUUUGGAAUAUGUAUUAGAGAAACUCUUUGGUCCUCGGGGUUUGAUGCCGAAUCUUGAAGUCUCAGACAUACUGUCUCUUUUGCCCAAGAACGAAGGAAGGAAAAAGAGAGCUGCAGAUUCAUAUAAAUCAAAAAUAGAUUCCCUAGGAGAAAGGCUCGGCUAUAAAAGAAACAAAAUCCCACAUGGUUCUACCUUCAUCCGAAUCUUAGGACAUGAACUUGAUUGGACGCAAAUUAACGAGGAAUUUUCGAAACAACUGCAUUUGGGUUCCAUUAUUAAUCAUCAGUUAAAUUACUUAGCAAAUUUGAGGGAAAUAGACAACACCAAAAACCUCUUGUUUCUCGAUGUUUCGGUGCUGUUUCCUAGCGUUACAGGCAGAGCUUAUAAAUUAGCAGCGAAUGGGAGUUUAACUCUUGGCAUUAAAUCGGAUGGCAAAGUUGAUAUUCGACAACAACAUCUGCCUUUCCCUCGAGCUCAUAUAGACAGCAGGUUACAACCCAGUAUUUUAGGUGAGCUGUCUGCAUCUUUUACCCUACAUUCUGAGGAUUACGAACCUGGUGUAAAGGUUGAAACUGCUGUGAACGCUGGAUUAGAUUUUCAGACAACUUUUAUUUUGAAGGAUAAACGUAUACUGCACAUUAAACUCAACCGAGUGCCAGAGCGAAGCGAAAUUUUUAGUCUUAAGCGCAGAACGUACACAUUGAAUCAAAGAGGAAAAGUGGAGUUGCCAACGUCUAGUUCCUUAGAAAGAAGUUAUUGCACUAAAUACGUUCAACAAAUCCUUGGAGCACGGUACUGUGGUUCAUUUUCUAUUGCCCCUUUUCCUCAUAUCUUUAACGCAGAAGGCAAAUUGAAGCUGCCUUUUGUAAGGUCUCUAGACGCAGCUGUUGUAGUCGAGAAAACGGACAUAAGCAGGGAAGGUAUCGAAUUUCUCUUGGAACUGCCAGACUUUGAGAAUGAAGAAGAAAAAGCAUUCAAGCUCUUAUUUCAAACCAUAAAAGCGACACCCACUUGGAAAUUGUCCACUGACUUUACACUGAAAAGCUCUAACGAUAAAUCUUCUUCUUUGGAAGUAAAAGUUGAAACUCCGUACUAUAAUGCUAACAUCGAUGGCAAGUUACAAAUUCGAGAUGACUUGAUACGACUGAAUGUCGAAGCGUUAGGUGAUAAUACCAGACGGUAUGUAUUGACAUUAGACGUUGGGAAAGAUAUUAGAGGUUCUCGGCUUAUUGAAUACCAGCCUAGGCUUUCUCUGACUUUACCGUACCUCCAGCCCAUGGAAUUUUCUGGCACUGUUGUCUUCUCAAGGGGUCGAAAGGAGCAAAUAACAAUAAAUAUGCAAUCCAGUAGCUUCAGAUCACCUUUCACAAUCAAAGGAAAUCUGGCAAAAGAAGGUGAAGUCAACAAUUUGCAAUCCGAUUGGAAAUUGAAUUCAGAAUUUAACAUUAACGCAUUUUCUCAGAUACAUAGAAUACAAGGUAGCUUUGGGAAUGAAGCGACGAGUGGUCUUUUCCUGGAUUUGGGUCAUCAUUAUGAACCUGACGGUAGAAGUUAUGAAAGCAUUACUGUCAACGCCAAACUUAAUAAUAUAGAAUUCAGAGAUCGCUUAGGCUUUAGUCUCGACGCAAAGAUACUUCUGGCUGAACAUCAAGAUUUAAAUACCAUGUUAAAAUGGGAUUUUAGUUUCAAACCCUUAUACCACCUAAAAAAUGAUAUUACUUUUCGUUACGGCGAAAAUUUCGAAGACGACACCCACUUAGUCCGCAUUAUUCAGAAGAAUGCCUUACAUGGAGAUUUCGACUCAUUUUCAAAAAUGCAUAUUGAAAAUGAAAUAGGACUAACUAUAUCUUGCUUGGACAUUGAUACAUCUGCUGCUUUUACUAGCAUUUGGGACUUUGUGGAAAAGCCAAAACUGAUCCUUAAUUUUGGUAUAAAAGUGCAAAAGGAAAAACAAUCAAGACUUGAUUUUAGUUAUAAACAUCUUUCCAGUGAACCUCUUAAAAUAGCUACUGAAAUUACGGUUCUUCAUGAUACUUAUAUUCUUAAUUACAGAGACCAACUCGUAGAGACAGCACCUGGAAAAUAUGAAGGUAAAAUAGUUGCUGAACGAAGUGGUGGAAAACAGGUAACGAUUGACUACACUUAUAUAAUCAAAAGUGAAAGUCAUUUUCAUCAUGAACUUAAUAGCACAAUAAACUUUCCAGGAAUAUCAGUACCUGUAAUGGAACGAGCUACUUUAGAAUUCACAGCGGAUACUUUCCAUUUUAACAGUUUCACAGAUACUGGAAAACAAUCUCCAUUCGAGCUAGAUAUCAAAUUAGAACGAGGAGGUACAAAUACUAUAUUCUUGAAUUCUCCUUAUGUUGAUGGAAAUGUCCUAAUAAGUUCUCAAGCUCCCGUUCGUUCGAUACAAGCGGACAUCAACUUUAAAAAGGACGGAAGGCGAAUUCUUGUAACCGGAAGUCUUGCUCCUGGUGGGACAAAUGUACUAGACCUCAAUGUUCAGUGGGAUGCAGAUAACGAUUCAGAGCAGAAAUUAGUCCUAAACGCGAAAUCUUACCUAGAACGGGAAGACGACAUUGAGAAGUACAUGAUCACAGCUACUAUGAACUACGUCGGUGCCAUCAAUGUCGAUUUGAAUGGGAAAUUAAGUACUGAUCUUUUAAGAGGUCCACACUAUUUCAAAGCAGAAUUUUCAGGUAACAUGGAACCAAUGGCACUUGAAUUGAGUCAUGAAAUUAAGGAUAGACAUUUAACAAGUGUAGCGAGGUAUCUUAGGAGUGGAUCUGAAAAAUUACGCUCAGAUUUUAAAGGAAAAUUUAUACAGCGAGCGAAUCAUUUCGAAAUAGAAGCUGGAGCAUAUUUGUCCUCGCCUUUCAAAACGUUCGAUGGGAGGGAGAUCUACUUUCGAAUUAUGGCAGAUUCGAAUGAAGCAACAAGGGAUUUCAUUGCAGAAUAUCGAAUCAGGCCUAUGACUAUAAUUAACUAUGUCGCGAAGAUUGAUUAUCAGAGGAAAAGAGGCUGGCCUGGUCAAAUUAGAUCAAAUCUCAUAGUCUCACAACAUCAGAAAUCUAUUUAUGAAGGAAGCACUGCCAUUGAUUACGGUAAUGGAAAAUAUACAUGGAAAACUGUUUUUACUCCAUUUACUAAACGAAAAAUUAACUUCGUAUUAUCCUUUGAACAUGCUGCAAGAUUCGCAGCUUUUCAUCAUUCUAUGUCUGCAUCUUUACAGUAUCUUCAAUCUCUGGAAUUAAAUGCAGUAGCGGAUUUAAGGAAUAGUGAAGAUGCAAAAAUAGAAUCUAAAUUUGAUGUUAAUAAUAAUAAACUGUAUGAAGUUAAGUCCACAUUGAAAGCACGCAGUAUAAUUGAUUUCGAAGGCGAAAUCGUACUUUUUAGCAAAAUUACGCCAUCUCUUCAUGUGUUUUCGAAAACUCAAACUUCUGGGGAAGUAACAAAAUACGAGUUUAAUAUUGAUGUAGAUUCUUCAAGCAUAGUAACAGGAUCUGGUGAACUGAAAAAAAGAAAAAAAGGAUUUAAUAGCGAAAUGUUUUUUAAGUAUAAAGAGAAAGAGUUUUUAACAGUAACAGUGAAUCAGGAGGCAAAAUCACAGCGCGAGAGAAACUACUUAAUUAAAGUAAACCUACCUUCCAGAUCUUACACAUCAAAUGUUCGUUUCAUCAAAGGUAAAAAAGGAAAUCUAAAAUACGAGACAAAAUUAUGUCGCAAUGAGAAUGACAACUGUAUAAGCAUUGAUGUGCAAAAGGAGCCUGGCGAAGUUGAUAAAUGGAUACUAACUUACAAGCGCGCAGACGUCGAAUUUUCAGUUGAGAGAAUCCAAGUCAGUACAAAUGAGCUGUCCCGUUUUCACACAGUCAUUUUUAAAGGAGAUACACGCUAUGGUUAUGAUUUGCAGUUUGGUAAAGAAAAAAGUGCCAGAAGUAUACGUUUAGGAAUUAUCCUUCCAUCCCGAGAAAUUGUUGCAAAGGGAACAUUUGAGCUCUCUUUUCGGAAUCCUAAAGCAAAGCUGGAACUAGCCACAGAUGUGCGAAAUCAUCCUGAUCGCAAUUUAAUUGUAGACUUAAGAUUUGAAAAUCAUCUUCGAGAUGAUAACCCUUCGAAACUGGACAUCAUUAUUAGCCAUGAGAUAUUUGAAAAGCCUAUUGAAAUAGAACUGAUCGGAGACCUCCAGCCUUCUUCUAAUAAAUUUUUUAUUGCCAAAGCUACAAUGGAUUAUUCUAACAAUCCUGAGGACAAAAUCAUUGGAAAAUUAUUUCUUGAGAAAACGGAAGGAAGAAGCGGAAAUAUACUGCUCAACGUUUAUCAUCAAGAUGAACAGCACUUGGAUUUUGUAAUGAAAGCAAAUGGAUCUUUGAACGGUGAUGAAAGAAAUUUUGCAAUUUUAUGGAGCUGGAAGGAUGAUUCCGGAGCCAAUGUAGAAGCCUACAUACUUGGUAACUUCCCAAGAAAUGAAAACAAAUUCUCUUUUAUAUACCAUAGACCUAGGCUUAGUUAUAGUUUGGAAGGAACUGUUUUAAAACCUCAGUGCCACCUAGAAGACAGCUGCGUAGUGGAAACUACAUUCACGUCUAUUUACAAGGGCGAUACGACAAAAGCGACACUUCUUACUGAUUAUAAUACAGGAUGUCGGGAGCUAAGACUUUUCAAUGAGGAAGGCGAAAAGACCAGAGUCAUUGAAUUUUGCAUCAACCUACAAAGCAAUAAGUUCAUUUCCAUCGUGAUGGAGAGCCUGGACGAGGAUUUGCAGUGGAGGUUCGAUUAUUCGUUAGAGGCAAUUCGGAAGAGCUUAACAGUAGUAAAUUUGAGGCAGCAGGGUAAUCCCGAGUUUCUUGGCGAAUUUUUGUUUAAACUAACUGGAUUUGCUGAUGACUUGUUGGAGGCUGGGAUUGGAAAAUUACCAAUUUAUGAUUCUCCAAGAUUCAAAAUAAUGUGGAAUUCUUUGAAAUCCAAAGUUCUCCAGCCGGCUCACGAAUUUAAUGUUGCUGAAGUUAAGAAACUGGCUAACGAUCUUCGUAAUGAUUUCCUAACACUUCGAAAUAUAGUUCUAAAACUUUUACAGAAAAUUCCGCCUUUACCUGAACUGAAACGUCGCCUUAAGGAAGUGGCGGAUGUCAGUGUGAAAAUAGGUUCAGCAAUCUUUGAAUCCGUGUAUCCUUACUAUGAAGCUUACUUUCGCAGUUAUCUAGAUAAAGUGGAUAAAUAUGUUGCAACUAUACGAAGCAAAUGCCAAAACAAUGAAGAUUGCCGAACUCUAGUUCAUGCCUACAACGAAGGUGGCUGGCGUGGUUUGCUCAACCAGUUGAGGGUAUUAAUCCGCUCUUUACCUGAAAAAUUACAAGAUUUCCUUGAUGAUCCCAGUGAAGAUGUCAAAAAUGUUUUCGCCACAGUCGUGAAUGCCUUAAAAGACAAACUUCAGCCAUUGACAGAGUACCGAUGCGGAGAAAUCAUUGUUAAAGUAGCUUUGUUGAGUAAAGAAGCAGCUGAACCUCAUAUGCAACGAAUCCUUGCUAAACUGCCUGACUAUUACAGAGUAGCCAAACAAUUUUUGUCAUCUAAUCCUACGGUUCUUAAGUUAAUUGAACUCGGUAAAAGUGGAUUUCUGAGGUUGCAACAGCGGGUCAAACAAGUGGAUUACCGAAAGCUCUAUAAUUAUGCAGAGAAGUGUCUAGAAGAUUACCUCACUAGUCUUUCUCCUCCGAGCUUAAAACACGUAUUCGUCGUCAAUUCUUUCGACAUGGAGACAGCUAUCAUCGACACGGAUGUGCAUACAGGCAUUGGUGAUGUAAUACUUUUUCGAAUCGUUCGAUUAUCACUGGCUCUUGCGGAUCGAAUUGUUAGCAUUCCUCUGCGAUACAACUGGAAUACUCUGCUUGUUAAACUGAAAAGGCAUGCUGACCUCAACUUCUUCCCUCCCUAUGAAACACAAGCUAUGAUACUUGCAAAUCAACAUUUCAUCACAUUUGAUAAGAAGUUUUAUGAUUUUGCUGGAGAGUGUACUUACCUUCUCGCCAGGGACUUUGAAGACAGCAACUUCACCUUUGCUUUGAAACCAAGAGAAGGAGAUAAUGAUCCGUCUGUUCUUGUACUGAUCAAAGACAUUAGCAUUGAACUGAAUGGAGCUCAAAAGGCGGUAAAAGUUGCUGAUAACGCCGUUGAGCUGCCUUAUUUGUCCGAGCAUUUUACGGUCAUACGAUCAGGAAAUACCAUCAUAGUUGAUGACAAAUAUGGAGUGCAAGUUAAAUGUCACUUAAUUCAUGAACUCUGCGUUUUUGUUAUCUCUGGUUGGUACUACGGGAAAACUGCUGGUCUCCUUGGAACAUAUAACUAUGAGCCGUCUGAUGAUUUCAAAAGGCCUAAAGGUCAAAUUGCUAACUCAGCCACAGUAUUUGCCAAAAGCUGGGAAUUGAAGAAAGGCUGCAAAACCAGCAAUCUAGUUGCUGAUUCGCGAAUCAAUGAAAGAAGUGACUAUUAUAAACAAUGCAAACUACAUUUUGAAUCAAGCAAAUCUCCCUUAGCAGCAUGUUUUGCUGAA